AUUCAUGAAAAUAAAAUAAUUAGAACCGUAAAAAACCCGCAUCGGUAUAUAUCGAAAUUGAAUGAUAUCGAUUUCGGAAAAAAACCGAUACAAAAUGAACGUUGCGCAAUGCGACAAACGGGGCACAGGGUGAGUUAUUGUGUUUCAAUUCUAACAAAUUUGAAACAGUAGGAACUUGAAUAACAAGUCGACAAUUUGCGUCAUGGUUGGCGAUUCGGUCAACGGUAAGAAAUUGUUUAUAAAGAUGUGCGCUGCGUGUCACACCACGGAAAAAAACGCUAAACAUAAGGCAGGUCCUAACCUGCAUGGUAUUGUGGGCAAAAUUUGCGGGACCGUGCGGGGAUUCAAUUUUUCAAAAGGCAUGAAAGAAAAAAAUGUUAUCUGGAACGAAAAGACUUUAAAUGAUUACAUGGAAUUUCCCAGAGAAUUUAUUCCGGGGACAACAAAGAUGUUCUCCGUUAAAAAAGCCGAAGAUCGAAGAGAUCUGAUCGCGUAUUUGGCUACGUUGAAAUAAACAAAACAAAUAAAUUUUUUUUGUGAACUAAAA